CAGCUAUGUUAUUUCCCCAGGCUUGAAUAGGACGCUGUGGGCUUGUCUGCUGAGCUUUGUGUCGGUCGCCCAGAGGAGGCGGGUUUUUACUCCACCUGCCAAGAGGACCGCUGGGACAAAUUCCGCUCUGCUGGCCUGGAGAAACACUCAAAGUGGGUUUCUGCUGCCUCUGAAUAGCGUCGGUGUUGGACCGUCCCCUCCUCUGGGUCAGUGAUUGACGUGAGAAACUGGAGGAGGACUCGUUGUGGUGUUGCAGACGCAGUUCAGCCUGCAUCAUGCGGGCAGAAACUUCACACGGGACAGAGGAGAGGAAUUCAUUUCAUCUGGACUUGUGGCUGCGGACAAAUUGCUUUUAAAGCGUUUCUUUGGGGACAUUUUGGAGUUUUAAUUUGCUUCUACACGAACUGGACAGCUUGAGUUAACAGCGCUGUUGGCCCGGCGACAACAUGACACACAAAUGAUGUUUAACAUUUCUAUAGAUGGAGGUUCAUUCUCUAAAAACUUAGAGGACUUCGACUCUAUUCGCAGUGUUCUCCUUUACAGUGAUUUGGAACCUGAAUGGCUCGAUGACAUCCAAAAGAAUGGCGAGCUCUUCUACCUGGAGUUGAGUGAGGGCGAAGAGGAGGCUGCCUUGGCCCAAGCCACCGCCAACCAAGGUGUUUCCACCAAUCAUGUUCGCUUCAGCGAAAAGGAGGCCGAGAUCAUCACAGACCAAAACAAGAAGCAGCGUUGCGGUUCACAGACGAAAAACGAGCCAGCGCUUAAAAAGCUAGCCAGGAUCUUGAGGCGAAAACGGCGUCCGUCUCAGCGCCGAGGAGGAGGGAAGGAUGGGGGUAAAGACAACUCUGCUGUAUCGUCGCCUCCAGCGUCCAUCCUGAAGAACCAGCCGGGUCAAAGGCAGGGUGUGAUGGUUCAGCAGCAGCAGCUGAAGGAAGUGUGCGUCUACCUCAACCCUAAACGCCUUGGAGGGUCAUCAACACCUCUCUCGGACAGUGGAGGCCUGCUGGAAGCGCUGCUGGGGGUGGUGCAUCGCCCCUCAUGGAGCAGAGGACAGGGAGACCCUUCAGUGGUCGGGCAGGAGGAAAGACUGACUGUUCAUGGAUUAAUACCCAACAGCCCGGCUAUCAAAUGUGGCCAGAUCUUAAUUGGUGAUGUGCUUGUAGCAGUGGACGAUGUGGACGUGACCUCUGAGAACAUCGAGAGGGUUCUGUCCUGCAUCCCAGGACCAACACAGGUGAGACUGACGCUGGAGACGGUGGCUCAGUUGGAUGGCAGCACUGCUAGUGACACUUCAUCGGUCCGUAAGACAAAGGCUUCUCCGCCGGUCAGCCAGCUGGUGCGUCUGCUGUGGGGGGAGGACACAGCCGAGCUUCAGAUGUCCAUAGGACACAUCCCACACAUCAUCAUGUACCUCUCACUUAAACUGGACUCAGCAUCACCGCACGACGAGGAGGAGAUCUUGUACCAGUACCCGGUGUCUGAAGCGUCCGGCCAGCUGAAAGGAGUGAGGGGGAUCUUCCUCACUCUGUGUGACAUGCUGGAGAACGUCACAGGAGGGCGAAUACUCAGUUCUUCUCUGCUGCUCGGGAAACAUCUGGUACAUGUGGGCUACUGGAAGGAAAGCAACAACCUGCUGGUCAUCGGUCUUCCUGCUGAGAGGGUUCCACUGCUGUAUCUGCAGACAGUGGUGGGAGACGUAGUGCGGACAUUAAAAGUGAUGUACGGCUCCUUAGACAGUGCGUUCUGUAAGGCGGACCACGCUCCCAGGUUGGACCACUUCUUCUGCCUGUUCUUCCAGCAGCUCAUCCAGCCGUCUCGUUUGAGGGACGGCUCCUUAGCACCGCCCCCGGACGUCUCAGGGACCCUUUUUCUCGACGGGCUGCCGGCGGUCCGAUGGCUCACACUGCCUCCAGAAAUCAAGAUGGAGGUAGAUACAGUCCUCUCUGAUUUCGAGUCUUCAGAUUUUGGAGAAAUGUCUGAGGACUAUUUCGGCCUGAGGCGCCUGUAUGUGAUUCUUGGCUCCUGUUUGUUCUACAAGUCCUACCUGAUCGCCAACCAUCUGCCUAAAGAGGACCUGCUGGACGUGUGCCUGUACUGCCAGCACUACUGCCUGCUGCCGCUGGCAUCUGAGCAGCGGGUGGGUCAGCUGGUCAUCUGGAGGGAGGUGUUUCCUCAGCAGAGAGCCAACAGCAGCAGCGACACUGCGCCAGGCUACAGUCAGCCUCAAGGACGGCACUUCCUCCUCAUAGUGGGGCUGAGGCACUUCAUGCAGUGUGUGCUGUUGGAGGCAGGCGGCUGUGCUUCACCAGCUCUGGGUUCUCCAGGACCUGACUGUGUUUACGUAGAUCAGGUGAAGGCCACUUUGCUGCAGCUGGAGGUGUUGGAGGCAGGUAUUGAAGAGCGUCUGAAUGCUCCACCUGCUCCCUGCCUGUCAUGUGCUGACUGGUUCCUCCCUGCUGCCACGGCUCGCGACCGCCUGGACAGCCUGGCCUCCUCCUCCCCCGUCUUCAGCAAGCUAGCUGGGGCAGUUAAAGGCUCCUCCACAGGGGCCAGAGGCCGCAGCCUGUUUGGGGAGAAGGCUCGGAGGUCCAGCCCCCAGAGGAGCCUGUCGGACAGCGGGAGUGAGGGACAGAUGGAUGGAGGGUCAGGGUCUGGGUCAUCAAUGGCUCCAGGCCUCAGUCCACAUUCCACCCCGGACUCUGGGAGGAAGUUAGGGGGGCGUCGGGACUCGCUGGGGUCUGGAGGGUCUGAUGGGAGUGGGGGCAGCGGAGGCCUCUUCAAGGUUCCCAGGAUGAAGCACCCGAACCCAUUCUACCUGGGCACACUGAAGAAGACCCUGACUGAAAGGGAGACAGAGGAGAUGUACAACACCAUGAAACUGACCUCAGGUGCAGAGAACACCUUGUUCCACUACGUCCUGAUGGAAACUGUUCAGGGGAUCUUCAUUGCUCCGACACACAGAGAGGUGGCUCAGCUCAGCGGCUCAAUCCACCCACAGCUCAUCCGCAACUUCCACCACUGCUGCCUCUCCAUACGGGCCGCGUUUCAGCAGAGUCUGCCAGCCAGGGGCCGUCGGGCUGCAGACAGGCCUCAGGGCGGUGGUUGGGGUCUGGGUCCAGUGAAGGAACAUGGGGUCUUAUUUCAGUGUAAACCUGAGAAUUGGACCGACCAGAGGAAACCUGCUCCCACCAUGACUUACUGGGUCAUAGGGCGGAUGUUGCUGGAGCCUGUUCCUCAGGAGUUCUACGUGUGUUUCCAUGACUCUGUGGCAGAGGUUCCUGUGGAGAUGGCCUUCAGACUCUCCUUUGGCCUGGCCCUGUGAUGUGUCAUUUUCUUGUAUUAGAUCAGUGACGCAGUAUUUGAACUAUCGGAGCAUCUGUGUCAUUCUCAGGAAAAACUGUGGUGCAGGUUAAAAGCACCUGAGAGCAAACGUGGUACUGAACAGGGGCUGCGUGGAGUCUUAAUCUAACAACGUGCCUCCAUUUCACAUCUGAUUUUCCUGCAGAUAACAGCAGAGCGUGACUGUGGCCUUACAGCAGUGAUAAGCAAAGAGCAAUGAGUUCAGACCAGAUCAUUUCUGUGCCUUGUUGUCUUCAUGUGUGUGUUUGUGUGGAUGAAAAGCCUCUCAGUGAAUACCUCAGACACUUAAGUGUAAACCUCUGAUAAGACCUUCCAGUGAGAGCAGUCGUCAGGACAGUUUGCUAAAGUAAAGUUUACUUAACUGGACCAAUAAAAACACAGUUUGUAUGCAGUGUUAGAAAGGCAUUUGUUAAUUUAAUAUGUACAGUUUUGUAUGGACAUUUGUUUAAAAAAGAAAUUAAAGAAGCAACACAGUUCA